AUGGACACUCCGCAAAAAACCUUAACCCAGAUCGAGAAUCCGAUUUCUAAACUCAAACACGAGAACUCUCCAGUGUACAACUACAUAAACAGUCUGUCUCCAAUCAAACCUGUCAGAUCAUUACCUAUCCCUCAAACCUCUGGCUCUCUCACUUACUCAUCUCCUCCUUCUGUCUUCACUUCCCCUCACGUCUCUUCUCACAAAGGAUCUCGUUUAAAAAGUGAUGUGCCUGCUUCCAUUGGAGAAGAAGAAGCUUUGUUUGAAACCGAAACGCCGCAAAACCUCGAGAAUGAUUGCACUACUAGAGUUAUCGAUGAUGGUGAAACGGAUCUGGUGAAGAUGUGUGACGGCAAUGUUAAGCAGAAAAGUGAAACUCUAGUUUGGGAUGCUAUGUUUUUGGACUCUUCUGAUGAUAUUCUGAUUUAUGACCUAAAGAAUAAUGAUUCAGAGGCUUCUAGAUGCUUCUUGCAGACAUCAUCAGAAUCCAAAUCACGCUCACUGUGUGUUGCAAAGCCUACAUUGGAGCCUGUUAUGAAUAGCGAUGAUCCUCUUCACCGUGGAGUAAGUAGACGCUGUCUUGACUUUAAGAUGCCGCAAAAUGAUGAGCAAACGUCGGUUGCAUCUUCAUCUAGAUGUGUAGUUCCUCGCAUUGGUCUGCAUCUUACCACCAUUGCAAUGUCCUCUAAGGACAACAAUGUUGGUAAUGAGUACUCACUAUCCGGACAUUCAAGAGUGGGUUUGCAAGGUUCUGCCACUCCGGUUCUUAACUUGCAAGACAAUGUGAGAGAAAAUGAAACAGGACAAGGUGUAAAAGAUGGUGCAAUGUCUUUAGCUUUGGUAGAACUGAAUCAGAGCAGCCCCAAGAAGAAAAGGCAAUUUGGACAAGCAGGAGAAGGGGAGUCUUCAUGUAAACGGUGCAACUGCAAAAGAUCCAAGUGUCUGAAGCUUUACUGUGAAUGUUUUGCUUCUGGAGUUUAUUGCAUAGGGCCAUGCACAUGUAUAGAUUGCUUCAACAAACCCAUCCAUGAAGACACUGUCAUGGCUACUCGCAAACAGAUUGAAUCAAGAAAUCCACUUGCAUUUGCUCCUAAAGUUAUCAAAAUCCCUGAUUCCACCAUAGAAGUUGGUGAUGAUGCAAGCAAGACUCCAGCUUCUGCACGACACAAACGUGGCUGCAACUGCAAGAAGUCAAACUGCCUUAAGAAAUACUGUGAAUGCUAUCAGAGUGGAGUUGGUUGUUCCAUAAAUUGUAGAUGCGAAGGAUGUAAGAAUGCAUUUGGCAAAAGAGAUGGGUCUUCAUUUACUAGCAUGGAUAUUGAACAAGAUAAAGAAAAUGCAACAUCUGGCAGAGGCAGAAGAGAGAGACAGCCUUCAACACCAAUGCCGUUUAGACAACCAUUGGCUCAACUUCCUAUCUCAUCCAACAACAUGCUGCUUCCUCAUCAACAUCUUCAUGGAGCUUCUGGAUCUUCCUUACACAAGAGCCAGUCUUUCACAGAACAAGACAUGAGUUUGUUGUCUCACUCAAGGAUUGAGACAAUCACAGGGAAGAGAACAGAUGAUAUUGAGAAUCUAAUCCAGUCUCCUAUACCUAACAUGAUCAAUGCUGCGUCUCCCAACAGCAAAAGGGUUUCUCUGACUCAUCUGGAUUCAUCAGAGUCGAGUCCAUGGAGAAAAAAUGGUGGAAGGAAGCUCUUACUGUCAAUUCCAACUUUUCCUUCUCUCACUCCACACCAUUAA